AUGUUGCAACUGUACUCCCUUACAUGUGGACACACGUUCUGCUGCUCUUGUCUGCAGGCCUGGUUCAGUACAGAGCUAGCAACCCAUGUGGCCACACAUUCAGAGUACAGCUCAGUUCUCCAAAUUCCAAGAGAAUACCGCAGGCUUCUGCGAAAGUGUAACUUGCAACUAGAUUACAAGCAUCUGGCUUGUUGCCAGCCGGUAACCUCGAGACCAGUCAAAUUGUUCACAGUCAAGAACAUUGUCUUUGCUGUUGCAGAAGCUGAGGCUGAGGAGUUGCAUUUGCAAGGGGAGCCUGUCACUAGCUCACAAGGAGGCACCUCAAGACUGCAUGAGGAGAGCUCAUUCUCGAUCUAUUUCCUGGCAGUUACUGACUUGCCAGAGGGUCGGUAA